CCACCUGCCUCAGCCUCCCAAAGUGCUGGGAUUACAGGCAUGAGCCACCGCGCCUGGCCAAGGACCUGGGCCAUUUAGUGGAAUCCUGGAGGAUGAAUAGGAGUUAGCCAGGCUGAGAAGGAGAGAACAAUGCUCUAGGCCCAGAUGCACAGAGGCAGGCACAGCCACAGGCUGUUGGUUCAGACAAAAAUUGAGACUGGCUGGAGAAAGUUCUCUGGGGGAACCAUGCCCAGGGACGAGGCUCUGGAAGUUUGCAAGGUCCUGUCCUGCCCCUUCAGAGUUAGAAAUUCAUGAAGAGGUUGACUCUUUGUCCUGGAGGCCUCGGGGAAGCAGAGACCUCAGUGUUGGCUUGGUGUGGCCAACAUGAGGCUUCUAAGCCUCCAUUCAGCUCUGCUGGGAGAUGGAUUGGUGGAGAGAAGCAGGCGGUGGCAGAAGACAGGACAGGAUGUGGGGACAGCUUUGGGAGCUGUGCUAGGCAUGGACAAAGGACAACUCUUGCAGGGAAUCACCCAGAGGGGUCUUGAACGGUGCUGAGGGCUCCCGAUAACCCUCCUGUGAUAGCCACUGUAGCUCUGCGGGUCCCUGGGCAUUUGCUCUGCUGGCGCCCGCCUGCAGGAGUUCUGGCUAAAGGGGCAUCCCACACCCCCACUCCCUCAUCAGUGGCCCCUGAGGCCCAUGGUCCCAGGACCCCCUCCCUGGCACUUCCGCUCCUGGGGGGAGGAGGCUGAGCAGGCAGAAAAGGGGACAUGGCUCUCUAGGGGAGCCUCGAGCCCACGUCCAACCAGCGGCCCACUCAGUGAGGUGUUCCGGAACCCAUGUCCCCCGCCAGCUGCGGGGGUGACCUCUCCUCCCUCUGUCCCUCCUCCCAUCUGGGGAGCGCAGCGGGUACCGCAGGGGCGGACCGAGGCGGGGCCACCGAGCGGUUAAAGCUGGACCCGCAGGGGACUCACAGCUCGCCUCUAACCUCCUGCCUCCUGGGCUCCGGUACCCGGCGUCCCAACUCCGCUGCGCGCCCAAACCCAACCGAGCCGGUUAGUGGCCCGCCCCGCAGGGCGGCCGUCGACUCGAGCGCCCUGGCGCCGGGCCGGGGGGUGCGGGAGGCUCCCGCGAGCCGGCUGCGGCUGGCGCUGCCGCUCCUCCUGCUCCUGCUGCCGCUGCCCGCCAGCGCCUGGUACAAGCACGUGGCGAGUCCCCGCUAUCACACGGUGGGCCGCGCCGCCGGCCUGCUCAUGGGGCUGCGCCGCUCACCCUACCUGUGGCGCCGCGAGCUGCACCCGGCCGCCGAGACCCUGGCCAGGGACACCCUUUCCCCUGGGCCCGCCGCCCGCGGGGCUCCUCUCCUGCCGCCCUCCUGGGUUCAGGAGCUGUGGGAGGCGCAACGCAGAAGCUCCGAGGCAGGGAUCCCCGUCCGUGCGCCCGGGAGCCCGCGCGCCCCGGAGCCUGCACGCGAACCUCAGUCCCUGGACUUCGGCGGAGCAGUCCAGAGACUUCAGAGAGACGUCUCCCGCCCAGCCGUGGUCCCCGCAGCAAACCGCCUUGGCUGGCCCCGCCUGGCCCCCGAACCGUCCUGACAGCGUC